CUCUUCAUCGUCCGUGUCAAAAAGGCGCGCACAUCGGCGGCGGCGGGAGCUUAUUCUUCUUCUUCUAUAAACCUCCCUCCUACAGCGCGUGGCUUAGCGUGUCCGUUAUUACCAAAAUCCCCCUUGACAGAAACUUAGCGUAUGAGCCUUCGUAGACUCUCUUCCAGAAUGGCCCAAGAAAUAUCCAGGUGCGCCUCCGACCUCCGGUCCUCUCCUUCCACCGCCGCCAAGUCCAAGUCUUUCUGGCCCUCCGUCCUCCGUUGGAUCCCCACCUCCACUGAUCACAUCAUUGCCGCCGAGAAUCGCCUCCUCUCUAUUGUCAAGACUCCGUAUGUUCAGGAGCGGGUCAAUAUCGGGUCCGGCCCGCCCGGGUCGAAGGUGAGGUGGUUUAGGUCUGCGAGUAAUGAGGAUAGGUUUAUCAACACGGUUACUUUUGACAGCAAAGAGGACUCUCCCACUAUUGUCAUGGUUCAUGGCUAUGGGGCUUCUCAAGGUUUCUUCUUUAGAAAUUUUGAGGCUCUUGCUAGUCGGUUCAGGGUCAUUGCUAUUGAUCAGCUAGGCUGGGGUGGAUCAAGUAGACCCGAUUUUACAUGCAAAAGCACUGAAGAAACCGAGGCUUGGUUCAUUGAUUCUUUGGAAGAAUGGCGGAAAGCCAAAAACCUCAGUAACUUUAUUUUACUCGGACAUUCAUUUGGUGGUUAUGUUGCUGCCAAGUAUGCUCUAAAGCACCCGGAGCACAUUAAGCAUUUAGUUUUAGUCGGUUCUGCUGGGUUCUCGUCAGCAGAAGAUGCAAGGAAUGAAUGGAUUAUGCAAUUCAAAACAACAUGGAAAGGAGCAAUUAUUAACCAUUUGUGGGAGUCAAAUUUUACUCCUCAGAAACUGAUCAGAGGGUUAGGACCUUGGGGUCCAAAGAUUGUUCGGGGUUACACGAAUUCUAGAUUUGGCGCUCGUGCAGCAGGGACCACCCUUAAUGAACAUGAAUCCCAACUGCUAACAGAUUACGUAUACCAUACUUUAGCUGCCAAAGCCAGUGGAGAGUUAUGCUUGAAAUAUAUUUUUUCUUUUGGGGCUUUUGCUCGGAAGCCACUUCUUCAAAGUGCAUCAGAGUGGAAAGUGCCAACGACUUUUAUUUAUGGAUAUCAAGAUUGGAUGAAUUAUCAAGGGGCUCAAGAAGCUCGCAAGGAAAUGAAGGUCCCGUGCGAGAUUAUUAGAGUUCCUGAGGCGGGACACUUUGUAUUCAUAGACAAUCCUGAGGGUUUCCAUUCAGCUGUAUUCUACGCUUGCCGUAGAUUUCUGUCACCUAACCCUGAGAGUGAAUCCUUUCCUGAAGGUUUGACAGCUGCCUGAAAUAAAUACUUAGUUGCUUUAUGCAUUCAUUCCCUUUGUACAUGUUACACGAUCUCUGUAUCUCUAUAUUUAAGAUGAUUCAUCCAAAUUCAAUUCAGUCUUUAUAUUCUUUCGAGUAUAUGUAUCUGCUAUACUCAUGUAUGCAUAAAUACCAACCUACUGUCUCUGUACGUCUAAGAUGUAACCAGUGGCUGUUUUAAUAGAUUGCAUCCAUUCUGUUCCA